AUGGCAACCGCAAACGAACAAGCCGCUCACCUCAUUACCAAUAGCUAUUUUCUCACGGAAUCAGCAGCCAACCUGGAUCCCAAGAUUGCUGAGCAAAACAGAAUCAUUGCAGAACAAAAGAAAGCCUUUGAAGAGAGACAGGCUGCUGAGAAUUCCAAGACUCCAAGUGAGCUUGUUGUCGAAACUUGGGCAACCGUCACCAAGAUUCCCGACUACCAAAAGGUCGCUGGGGAAAUUCUUUUCCGUAGAAUCUUUGAACUCAAUGGAGACGCCCUUGCCAUUUUCUCCUUCGCCCAGGACUACAAACCUGACGACGACGCCCUGUACAAGGAUCCCAAGUUCACAGCCCAUUCCGCUGGCGUUGUUGGAACCGUCACAGCUGCAGUCGGUCUUUUGGAAUCUGGGGACAUGACUACAUUAGUCUCUGUCCUCAAGGAUCUUGGAGGCAAGCAUGCCAAAUUUAACUUUACAAAGGUUCACUAUGAUUUGGUUGGAGGAUCUUUGUUGUAUACUCUAGAGAAAGCUCUUGGUGAUGCGUUCACACCCAAGGUCAAAGAGUCGUGGGUCGGUGUAUAUGAUGUGAUCUCGCAACAAAUGAUGGUCGGUGCUGCAGAGGCCAAAGCUCUCAGCCAUUUGUCUGAAGAAGAGAAGGCCGAGAAAAAAGUAGCUGAAGCUAUUGUAUCUGGAAGUUAUUUGCUCACUGAGGCUGCUGCCAAUAAGGAUAAGGAAAUCGCCGAGCAAAACCGCCUCAUUGCGGAGCAAAGGAAAAGGUUCGAACAGACGGGAACUUCCAAAACUCCAAAUGAGCUUGUUGUCGAAACUUGGGCAACCGUCACCAAGAUUCCUGACUACCAAAAGGUCGCUGGGGAAAUUCUUUUCCGCAGAAUCUUUGAACUCAAUGGAGACGCCCUUGCCAUUUUUUCCUUCGCACAGGACUACAAACCCGACGAUGACGCUUUAUACAAGGAUCCCAAGUUCACAGCCCACGCAUCUGCCGUUGUUGGAACUGUCACAGCUGCAGUCGGUCUUUUGAAAGCUGAAGAUAUGACUACAUUAGUCUCUGUCCUCAAGGAUCUUGGAGGCAAGCAUGCCAAAUUUAACUUUACAAAGGUUCAGUAUGAUUUGGUUGGAGGAUCUCUGUUGUAUACUCUAGAGAAAGCCCUGGGUGAUGCGUUCACGCCCGGGGUCAAAGAGUCUUGGGUCGGUGUCUACGGUGUAAUCUCGGAACAAAUGAUGGCUGGGGCUGCCGAGGCCAAAGCUAACAGCCUGGCCGAGAAAGACGAAGACGUCCUUUGGGUCUAG